AUGCCACCAAAUUCGGUAAUCUCUCUGAAGCUGAACGAAAGACCCGCUUUUGCUCGUCUUCUAACCGACAGAAGUAACUCUGUACUCGUUUCUACCUACCAACUCGAUUCGGACAGCUCCACUCGUGCAGGUUCUCUCUGCAUCGUGGACGUCGAUAUUCCCUCAACCUCUCUCAAUCUAAAACACGAAAUUCGGACUGCUGCUGGAGUUUUUCGCUUCGAAUUAAUCAACCCCUCAACUUCCCUUUCCGCUUUGACAAAUGGCUCACUUGGCCUUAAUAAAUUAUCAGGUAGUUUUUUAUUCCGAAUCUAAAAUAAGUGAUCGAAGGUGAAUACCCGCAAUCUAGUAUCCCUGUCUCUUCAAACAUGCUGCUGGACGUGUCGAUAAAAUCGACAUCUAUCGCCGCAACUACUGACAACAAGGUCUCUUAAAGCAGGAUAACUAUUUCCUAAACUAAGAUUCAGGGUUUCGCAUUUCUGGUGGAUACGAAUACUGGGACCGUCGUGUCGAGUUGGUUGGCUCAUUCCUUGCCUUACCUGCAAGGGGAAGGCUGCGAGGUCUACCGUUAUCGACUCCAAAAAUAAUUUCCGGUUGCAGGUGUGGACGUGCUGCAUGACGGAUGACGCUUCUUUAGUGGCAACUGGCGGCGAAGACACCACCAUGAAGUGAGUUUCACGGUCUUCGACGAUGUUUUGAAUGCUUCAUCGUUUUAUCAAAUAAUCUUUGGCUUGAUCAUUACUGCUAAGAAUCUGUAGAUUUUCAAGAAAAUGGUUUCGAAAGAACGAUGAAACAGCAAGUGAAUGAUAGAUUUUCUAACAUUGCUCGCGUGUCAAGGCAACAAUUAAUUAACUAAAAUUCGAAAACACAUUCAUUGUAGAAUCUGGGAUACGCGGACAAAAACAUCCAUCAGUCACGCCAAGGUUUUCGACGCAGGCGUUACUUUCAUUGACUGGCUUGAUGAUAACGUAUGCAUCAUCCAUUUAAUUCCUAAAUACUUGGCUUCAGGUAUUAUUAACGGGGUGCUACGACGAGUACAUGAGGUUGAUAGACCGACGUUCCACCAAAAUUGAAUUACGAAAGGUCAAGGUUAGUGCAUUUUGGAAAUGGAAAUCGAAAAAAAAAUGGAAAAGUCCUCUUUGAAACUGGGAGAUAUAGUUUUUUUAAAUCGUAAAAUCAUCUUGAAACUUCUUCGGAGUUCAAACUGAAUCAAUGGAAACAUCGCAUUCUAUUGGAAGACCUUGGGACCAAAAGAAAGCGAUUCGACGUCCGAAAGAAAUAGUUGUCCCUAAUGGUGCGGCCAUUCCGAGAGAUUUCCGAUGUCAGCGUUUACGGACAGAACAUUUCAGCUGCCUGGAGGCGUCUGGAACAUCGAGAAGACGGAAGACGGCCACUACCUCGCCUCGUGCAUGUACGGUGGCUACGCUCUCCUCGACGGCGACUGGCAAAUCUCACACGCCAACCAGAAACCCGGCGCCAACCUUCUUUACGGGGCGACGGCGAUUGAUUCCAACAGCGUUGUGUAUUGUACAUUCAAUGAUUAUUCUGUCUCGUUGGACAUUUUCGGGAAUAGGGAGUAA